AUGACACAGAACACUUUCCCCGCAGACACUGUAGACCUGGCAGACUAUCUGCUCAUCCGUCUACGCCAACUGGGCAUUCAGUCCGUGUUUGGCGUGCCGGGCGACUACAAUCUCCGGCUGCUGGACUAUGUCACCCCCGCCGGGCUCCAUUGGGUGGGAAACUGUAACGAACUGAACGCUGCGUACGCCGCCGAUGGCUAUGCUCGCAUCAAUGGCCUCUCGGCGUUGAUCACGACGUUCGGCGUCGGGGAGCUGUCCGCCAUCAACGGCAUUGCCGGUGCCUACUCCGAGCGAGCCCCCAUUAUCCAUAUUGUCGGCACGCCUCCACGACCUCUGCAGGACAACCGUGUGACGAUGCACCAUACCUUGACGGACGGCGACUACCGCCACUUCGCCGCAAUGGCGGCCCACGUCACCGCCGCUCAGGUUGAGGUCCGCGAUGCCGAGACCGCACCGGAGAAGAUCGACUACGCCCUGCAACAGGCUCUGGUUCACAGCCGUCCUGUCUACAUCGAAGUGCCGGAUGACAUUGUCGACGUGCAGGUUUCGGCAGCGAACCUGACUACUAAGAGUAUUGCCCUGCCGAUGGCGGUACCGGCGAAACACGAAUCGCAUGUGUUGGCGCAGGCGCUGGAGCGGAUAUACGCAGCCAAACAGCCUCUCAUCCUGGUCGAUGGCGAAACGAGAUCACUCGGCCUCGUGGACCAGGUUGAGAAACUUGUGAAAUUGACGUCCUGGCCCACGUGGACGACGGUUUUCGGCAAGGGCCUAGUAAAUGAGCAGUUGCCAAACGUCUACGGACACUACGCAGCCGACUUGGGAGACCCGCAGUGGAAGGCCUACUUUGACUCGGCCGACCUGAUCAUCGUAUUCGGUCCUCACUACAGCGAUACCAACAGCCAGGCGUUCGCCGCAAUCCCACGUCCUUCGGUGACUAUCUCAGUCACCCACGGUGGCAUCCAAGUUGGAAAUGACAUCUACCGCGACGUAUCGCGCAAGUUCGUGGACACCCUCCUGGAACAUCUCGAUAGCACUAGACUUGCCCGGACUGCUGGUCCACCCAUGACCGCGAACACCGCAGACCCGCUCGAUCCCGCUGGAACCAUCACACAGAAACACUUCUACCGGGUGGUAAAUUCGCUCCUCCGGGAAGGAGACCUGGUCCUCACGGAGACGGGCACCGCAGCACACGGCGGCCGUACAUUUAAAUUGCCUCCUAAUACCCGGACCUUUGGCGCCGUGACCUGGUUGUCGAUUGGAUACAUGCUUCCAGCGACGCUGGGCGCCGAACUGGCGCACCGCGAGCGCAACCGAGGCAGCCCUACCCGCUCGCUUCUCUUCAUUGGUGACGGUAGCCUGCAGAUGACGGUGCAAGAGUUGAGCACUAUCAUCCAGGAGGACCUCAAUGUGAUUAUCUUCAUCAUCAAUAACGGAGGUUACACGAUUGAACGCGCCAUCCACGGACGAAGGCAGCCGUACAAUGACGUCGCCGUCUGGAAACAUCCGUUUGCCUUCAACCUGUUCGGCUACGACGAGGAGCGCAGCAAGAAGAGCACCUUCUCUGCUCGGACAUGGGGAGAACUGGACGAGGUUCUGAAGAACCCGCAGAUACAGGAUGGGACAGGGGUCCGGAUGGUCGAAGUUUACAUGGACCGCGAGGAUGUUGAGGGCGCGCUCUUGCGUCUGAUGAAGACGCAGAUCUCAAAGGAGAAGCAGUAG